CUUGAACGUCAAGAAAAAGGUUUUGGCUGAUAAAUAUUAGAAUAAGAUGCUUAUUGACGAGGAAUUGAGAGGUCUAAAGAGGUUUUACCUUGAGAUUAUUAGUUUUAUUGAGAAACUUGGAAAAAGCAGGGAAGGUUCUAAAGAAAGUCCGGAGCAAAUAGGCUGGAUGAUCAGAGAGAAGUUAAAAAGAGCAGAAAUGAGUCUUGAAAGACUUUUUAUUGAGUUGGAUGAUGUAGAAGAUGAAGAAAAGAGGUUAAAAUAUAAGAAUGUUAGUGAUAGAUUAAAAGAGGAUUUAAAAAUGUAUAAAAUGGCAAAAGAAUUAGUGAAUUGUUUUUAAUUUUUAAGGGCUAGGAUUGAUUUUAGAAAAGCUCUAUUGAAAUCAAGUAAAA